AUGCGUCGGUGUACUGUUGCACUUCAACGCCGUGCGGCCGCGUUGUUUGCGAACUCAGCGAUUUGUUAUUAUACCAAUUCAUUCCGACCCUUUACCGAAAGAGAUGAAAAGGACCUUGUGCAGGUUGUCAAAACGAAGCCUCACCACGUCCUUAAGCACGUACGCCAGCAAGUUUGGCGCUCGAGGAAGCGCGAGGUGCAGUUUAGAAACACCGUUACGCAGCUGAUGAUCAUUUUGCAGGAGUUCCUCCGAAAGCAGAUGAUCAACCCCGAGCAUGCCUCCCAGAUCAUUGAAGGUGUUCUGGAAGAGUGCGUGACCUACUCCCAGCACGAUAUGGCGCACCUCCUGUUCCGCGCAUUUUUGCGUUUCCGAAAGUACGAAUGCACCAUCUCCGUCAAUGCCAUCCGUCACCUGUUCGAAUCCUACAAAACCACGAACAGCGCCGAGUUGAUGCUCCAACUUGCGCAGGAGAUGAAGUCGGAUACCGCGUUGCGGUCGCUUUGCGUUGCCGCCUAUCUGUUCGCCAACGACGAGGCGGCAGCGAAUGCGCUUUGUGAGGGGCUUUCGCUCCUUGAACUCCCCAAAGAGGAUAUUCUCGCGCUGAUAACCGGCUACGAUCAUUUGGAAAAGACGGAGAAGCUGUUUGAGAUUUUAGACAGCCUCAAGGAGAGCGCGAGGGAGCCCGCAGAGAGGGCCGAAAUCUACAGCACGCUGUUGAGUGUCUUUCACAAACGCAACGACGAUGUGUCGUUUACGCGUGUUCUGCAGGCCGCCUCGGAGGCUAAAGUUCCGCUUGAUAAUGCGACCUUUGGCGUUAUUUUGCGACGGAAGCUGCGUAACGUGGCCAGCGUCGAAGAGAUUGAGUCCAUUGAGGAGGAGCUGAAGGAAAACGGCUAUGUUCCGGACAUCACGGGGAACUCUAUCGUCAUCACUACUUACGCUCGCCUCAUUCGCUACGGCGACCACGGCAGCGACGAGCUGAUGCUGUCAAAGGUCGAUAUGCUUCUUGCCUCGAUCGAGUCGCGUUUAAAUGAAGGGGAUCCUGACAUGGAUAUCAACACCACUCAUAUCAAGUCGAUCAUUCGCGGGUACGGCGCAGCUGGGCGGCCGGAAAGCAUCAAGAACGCCUGGUCGAAGCUUCAGCUCAAGGGCUUGACGGACGAUGUGGGCAUCUACAACGAAAUGUUUAAAUGGUACGCCUUGAUGGGGAGUGUCAAGGACGUCCUCGCGUUAAAGGAGGAAAUGGAGAGGAAGAAUGUGCGACCCGAUGCUGUAUCGUAUACGUGGAUUCUGCGCGCGCUUGGCAAGUUCUACCCACGCCACACCGAGGAGAUAUACAGCGAACUCGAAGCACGGCGGGUGCGACCGAACAUUUACCUCUACAACACAUUAAUUGGCAUUUGGGGAGACACUCAGCAGCUCAACCGCGUGGACUCGCUUCUUGACGAGAUGAAAAAACGUGAGGAAUCCGGCACACUGCAAUUAACGUCCAUAACCUUCGCAGUGCUCAUUCGGGUCUACUCGAAGAAUCUGGCGAAGUCGGAAGCGCUGUACGCGGAAGCCAAGAAGAGGAAUUUGGCAGAUCACUCACAUGUGCAGACGAGCAUGAUGCACGUUUACGCAACCAAUGCCCUACUAUCCAAAGACAACAGCAAGCUGGAGAAGCUUCUUGCCGACAUUCCCUCGUGGAGCAUUGAUAUCUACAAUGUUGUUCUGAAUAUGUACGGCAGGCAGAUGAAUCGUGAGAAGUUCGAGGAGGUGCUCCAAAAACUGCAGAACGACUCCGUCUCGAUGAACGACGUCACGUUUGGCACUCUUAUCACCGCCUUCGCGCGCUGGGGCGACUCCGCGCGGGUGGACCAGACGAUCGCCCUGGUGCGCGCGCACCAAGGCGAGGUCUCCGCGACCUUCUACUCCGUCCUGGCCUCCUCGCUAAACCGGAUGGGGCAGACCGGCGGCGUGAACGAGGCCUGGGAGGACCUCCUGGCGUCCCGGCUCUUCCCUGGGACCGCCGUGUACAACCAAUUCCUCACCCUCUACAGCCGCCAGGCGGACCUGGGGAAGAUGCAGGGGGUGCUGGACAGCAUGAUGACCCAGGUCCCGCCCAACCCUAUCACCGCCACCACGGUGCUCGACCUGCUCGGGAAGUCGGGCCAGGUCGCCGAGAUGGAGGAACUCUUCGCGGACAUGAAGGCCAACACGGACACCCAGCCCACCGCGGUGACCUACAACCAGGUCCUAAACACCUACGCCAAGUCGGGGGAUGUGGGGAAGAUGGAGAAGGUCCAUGAGGAGUACCUCCAAAGGGGCUUUCAAGACACCGCGGUCACCAAUAACAUCCUUCUGGACGGCUACGGCCGCGCACGGGACCUGGUGCAAAUGGAGGAGGUCCUUCAGAAGCGACAGUCCGAUGGGAUCCCCUUGGACGAGUUCACCUACUGCGUCUUGAUCAACGCCUACGGCAGGGCGAAGUCGGAGAAGGGCGUGAUUCGCCUCUUCGACAAAGUAUCCAACCCCGCCAAUGCCUCCGUGUUCUCCAGGCGGGUGAUUUGGUCAUGCGUGGAGGCCUUCUGUCGCUGUGGUAAUACGGACUAUAUGGAGAAGGCGAUCCAGUUAUUGUCGAGCACGAGUGUGGACCACAAGUUGCUGCCGUCGGAUAAUGCCAGGCUCAUCUCAUUCUAUUGCCGGGCGGGCCUUAUGGAGAAAGUCGAGGAACAGGAGAAGGAGCUUGCAGGGUGUGCCGAGACGCCGAGCUACAGUACGUUGAAUAUCAUGGCGCGGGGCUACGCUCGCGUCGGACGCCUUGACAAGACUGUGGAGGUCUUGCAUCAACUUCUGAAUCGAAAUCUGGUGCCGGAUGCCUCAACCACAUUGUACCUGUCCGGGGUAUUUUUGAAAGCUGGAUUGCAUGAACAAGCGAAGCAGAUCAUUGAGUGGCGGCGUCAGUAUGCAAAGCUAGCUGAAGCUGGUAAAGUUGAUCCAGAGGGUACUUCUGAUUUGUAG